GGCACUGAUGAGGCUGUACUGAUGGGCGCUGGUGAGGCUGCACUGAUGAGGCUGUACUGUACUGAUGGGCGCUGUCCAGGGGCAAACUGGCAACUCAUGGGGCCCCCGGGCAAUAGGGGAUCAUGGGGCCCCUGUGUCCUUGCCCAAACUCAAAAAAGCCUAUGAAAAAGGUACCAGGGGCAUCUCAUGGGGCCCCCUACUGACCCCGGGCCCUUGGGCAGUGCCCGAAUUUCCAAAUGGUCAGUCCGCCCCGGCACAGUCCAGAAACAGUGGCGCGAUUUUCCCUUUUAUUUUAUCCUACCUAAAACACACUGACCUUUGACUCUGACCAUGACCUUUGACCUUAACCCUAACCAUGACACUAGCUAUUUUACCUUUCUUU